AGAUAUACUAUCAUGAUUUAUGAUCAGUAUGAUCUAGAUCUAGUCAAUCUAGAUCUAGUUUAUAGUAGUUUAAAUUAGUAGUUAUCUUCUAGAUCUAGUAGUAGUACUAGUUACUAGAUCUAGUAGAUCUCUAGUCAGAUCUAGAGAUAGAUAUAUCUAGUCACUAGUCAAUCUAGAUAGAGACAGAUAUAGUGAUAUAGUCAGUUACAGACAGUAUAUAAUAGUUAUAGUUACUGAAUAUAGGGCCUUCUAUUCUACUUUUACUGUACUUUUUAGGGUGGAGGCCUUAGACUUAGAGUAUAUAUGGUAUAUAUACCAUAUAUAUAUAUAGAGUAUAAUGGUAUAGUCUAUAGUCUACUAGAUUUUAUUUCUAGAAUUCUAGAUCUAAUAGAGAUCUACUUAGAUUCUGGAAUCUCUCUCUUAGUUUUAGUUUUAUAAAUCUAGAUUGUGAAGUAGAUGGGGCUUAGAGUAUAGUGUAAUAUGGUCUAUAUAGUAUUUAAGCUGCUAUAUAAAAUUAAACUAUUCAUAGUUUUACAAUCAAAUUCACUUCUAGCUUUAUGAUUCAGAGCUAGAUUUUUAUAGAUUUAAAGACACCUAUUGUUAAUAAAAACAAUCAAUGCAAGAGAUUUCCACUGAAAUAGGAAACUGAUAAUGAUAAUGUGUUAUACAUUGCAAUUUGUUUAAUUUUAGAGAUUUUAAUUAAUUCCUAAUGUUGACUAAUACAAGCAAUAUUUAUAGAGAGAGUAGUGCAAAUAGGCUUAUUGGUUUACAAGUACUUUUUUUUACUCUUUAAUCAGUUACUUUUGAAUUCGCUAAUUUGAAAAGGAAAAAAAAAUUGUAUACAUGUAUAUGGUAAUUCUUAUAUUUAUUACUAAAUAUAGAUAUAGUUCGCAUUUUUCCGCUCCUGAAAUCGAAUAUUUUCUCCUGGAAAACUCCUGGAAAUCUCCUGAAAUCCUAAUCUCAGAAUGGUGGGGGAACCCUGAAUAUAGGUUAGGGCUUAGGGGUACAAAUAUAAGAAUGGCUGCCUGGUCAUGCGGUUUGCGCGCUGGACUGUUGUUCGGAUUUAUCGACGGUCGAGGGUUCAAACCCUGCCCGCUCCCGUUGUCCUGCGGGAGGUUUGGACUAGAAAGUAAACUAUCUUCAACUCUGAAGGAACAUCCGAAACAUAAUCUACAUAGAUCUAUACAGCUAGAUCUAGAAAAUAGAGUUUUGGAGUGGAUAGAGAUCUCUAAAGAUGUCACAAUUUAGUGGUGCAUUACAGCUAACUGAUCUUGACGACUUUAUAACACCAUCACAGGAAUGCAUCAAGCCUGUUGAAAUUAAAAGAAAGCCUGGUAAAGUUGGAAAAUUGCGUGUUGAAGAUGAUGGUAGUUACACAGAGAUAUCUCAUGAGGGUGAAGAGACUCAUUUAGAAAAAGCAAAAAUUACAUUAAAUGACUGUCUUGCAUGUAGUGGCUGUAUUACAUCAGCAGAAAGUGUUCUUAUCGCACAACAGAGUCAAGAUGAAUUAUACAGAGUUCUUAAGGAGAAUAUCUUACUUAAACAGACAGGGCAGUCCAGUCAAGAGAAGCUUGUUGUUCUCUCCAUCUCACCUCAAGCAAGAGCUUCUGUGGCUGCCAAAUUUAAACUUUCAGCACAAGCUGCAGCUAGAAAACUAACAUCAUUUUUCAAAAGUCUUGGAGUACAUUAUGUGUUUGAUGCAGCAUUUGCUAACAAUUUUAGCCUGAUUGAAAGCUGUCUAGAGUUUGAGAAACGUUAUAAAGCAUCAGAGACUACAAAAGAUUCCUUACCAAUGCUGGCUUCUGCAUGUCCAGGCUGGAUCUGUUAUGCAGAGAAAACCCAUGGUUCCUACAUCCUCCCAUUCAUCAGUUCUAUUAAAUCUCCACAACAAAUUAUGGGAUCAUUGGUCAAAGACUAUUUUGCAGAACAGUGGAAAAGAACUCCAGACUCAAUCUACCAUGUUGCUGUCAUGCCUUGUUUUGACAAAAAAUUAGAAGCUUCCAGGGCUGAUUUUUUUAAUGAAAUUUAUCAGACUCGAGAUGUUGACUGUGUAAUUACUUCAGGAGAAGUUGAAAAAAUGUUACUGCAAGAAAAUAUCAAUUUAAAUGACAUGGAGGAACAUAGACUUGAUGCUUUAUAUUCUAAUGAUGUUGAAGACCAACUCACUAACCAUCAAGGAAAUAGUGCUGGUGGAUACUUGGAACACAUUGCAAAAUUUGCUGCUGUACACAUACUUGAGACAAAUAUAGAGAAAUUGACUUACACAGUUUUACGGAAUCAAGACUUUCAAGAGGUUACUGUUGAAAUUUCAGGAAAACCACCACUUAAAUUUGCAUUAGCUUAUGGCUUUAGAAACAUUCAAAAUAUUGUUCAAAAACUAAAGCGUGGCAAAUGUCAAUAUCAUUUUGUUGAAAUAAUGGCAUGUCCCUCUGCAUGCAACAAUGGUGGUGGACAAAUACGCUCUGAGCCUAAUGAGACUCAAAAAAAUCGACUUCAAGCAGUUGAGAAAAUCUAUUCAAGUGUUGAUGUUGUUGAUCCUUUUGACUUGAAGCCAGUCAAAGAGUUGUAUGAGAAGUGGCUGGGAGGCAAGGGCUCACAGAAAGCUUAUGCAAUGCUUCACACUCAGUAUCAUGCUGUGGAAAAAUCAAAUAAUGCCAUCAAUAUUAAAUGGUAAUGAUGGCUAAGUUAAACAUUUUUCAAUUAAGGAAUUAUUCAGAAGCAUGAAAGGUGUAUUUUAUCUCUGAGCACUUUAAGUACGUCCAUUGUAUGUCAACACAAAACAGAAUUAACCAAAUAUAAAUUCAUAUAUUUAUUCAUUUAUUCUCCUACAUAAAGACAAUGAAAAAAGCUCAUGUUUUAAGAUGCCUUGAAGCUACCAUUAACAAUUUACUGGUGUUCUAAGUUUAAAAGUAUGCAUUAAGAAUUUUAAUAACAUAUUGUAAUGUUUUCAUUUUCUUCUCCUGAUAUUUUUGUAUGAGUUGAGGUGAAUAUUUGCAUGGUCCAAAUAAACAAUAACACUUAAAUGGACAUUUUCUUUAUCAAAACAUUGAAUAGCUGUGUAUGGCUGGGAUUGUCUGAAAGGCAUUUUAUGUUCCAUAGAUUAAAAAAAUGAAUGUAUUUAUAAAUAUUAAUAUAUUUUAAAUAAAGGAGCCAAAUAAUUGUCAGAGUGUGUAUGUAGGCCUAUGUAUGUUUAUAAAAUUAUAUUUGUUUAUAAUAGGCAGUUUAGAAAGAGGAAGGCAAUGGAAAGGUAUUUUAUGUGAGUGAGUAGAAAGGUUUGUGAGUGUGUAUAAAAUACAGCUAUAAAUGGGCAGUUGUAGGAUCAUUAAGAUGUAAUCUGUUCUAAUUAAAUCAUAGGCUGCCCAAUAUGGUAUUAAGGCUUGUCCUUCCAAAGAUAAGAGUACAUUAUUAUUUUAUUUCACAUCACUUUGUGUCAUGUAAUAUACAACCAAGGUUUCAUGGUUUGAAUAAAUGUUUACAACAAAUUCAGUUAUAAAAGAUUGCAUACUACUGAAAACAGACAAUGGAUUUUCCAUAGAACCUAGAUUAAAAAUAGAUUUGUUUCUCAGAAAUGAAUACCUGUAUAAGAAAGGUUAUUCAUACAAGGAGAAUACAAUAAUUGGGGGUCUUUGAGUUGAUGAAAAUGUUUACUAUGUCUACUUUUGUGAAUCUACUAUUGAAAUUAUGUUGCUUUUAGUGUGAUUUCAAGAUGAGGAUUAAAAAUGUCUAUUUUGCAAAGAG